GUAAUUUUCAAGUGUAUUUUUGAUAACAAAUACUAUCUGUCGCUUCUAUACAACAACAUAAUGAGCACGACGAGUAUUAUUAGCAUAUCCACUGAUUCUGCAAAAGGGAGUCAACAGAUAAAGGUUCUGCGACCUGGCAAUAACCUGCUGAGGUUUAAAGAUUUGAGUGAAGUAAUGAAUACCUCCCAACUCAAACAGUUUACUGAAGUGCAUGGAGAUUUCAAAGAUGAAGAUGUACUCUUGUUUUGGAACGUGAUACAAAAGCCUUAUAAAUCCUUGAUUUCUUUGAUCUCAAACUUCAAGCUUCCUUUAAAAUUCAAAGAUUUCCGAGAUGCUGUGUUUGAGAAGGAUCUGCAGCCGAACAUGAAGGCAGCUCUGUGAUCACUUGAUCAAUUCAGGCUCAAAAUUAGUCAAGAUUUUGAACUUAAGUUAGAUAUUGAGAAUGAGAGCCAAGCUAUAGCAGACACAUGAGCGGACUUCACUUCUGAGGUUACUCAAAUAAAACAAAAGCAUGAAGGCAAAAAGUAUUCCAGCUCUCAUGCAAAGAGGAGAAUAAUCACAGAUAGUGAGGAGGAAAGCCAAUCUUACAGCAGCAGUACAGGAAGUGAAGAUUGCUCGACUGCACCUCAGAGCACAACUAAAAGACAAGACAUGCACUUUCUUAAAGAGAACGAAAGCCAUCCUGGCAGUUCUCAACAUGCAUCUAGAGGAAAUGUUGUUGACAGCAUGAAGAAACUUGGUAUCAAAGGAAAUUAUAAACACUUCCGUGACCUCAAAAAUACUUACAAACGGUUCAAGGAAAAAUCGAACCCAAAUGAUGAAAUCAUAAAUGUAAAAGAAUGCUGAAUCUGAUUGCACUCUAUUCAAGACAAGAUCGCUAAACCUGAAAAGUGAGAGCAUCUAUUCUGCUACUUCUGCAUCAAAAACUGGUGAAAUGUGGCGAACAAGUGCCCUCUGUGAAAAAUAGAGAUCUUAAAAAUUAUGGUGAUACCAAAGGACUCCAGCGAAGAGCCAACAGAAGAAAAGAUUGAGCCAAUUCAGCAGCUCUAUGAACAAGAGCUAUCCAUUAUGGAUUUGCUUGAAGAUGUUUGCUAUGUUUGAAGAACAGCAGAGGAUGAAGACCUGCUCCUUAUCUGAGAUCACUGCAACUCCAAGAUCUGACAUACUCACUGAGAUAACCUAGAAAACAUCCCUGAAAAUGAGUGGUUCUGUCACUCAUGUAGAAAUAUAGGCGAGGAAGAUUUUGAUCAUUUAGAAGGGAAUGAUCCUGAGUACGAAGUGAGUGGGAUGGAAGCCUCUCGUGGAUCCUCUAUUCUACAGGAGCAAGAGCGCAGAUCUACACGCAUCGAAGAGCAAAAGAGAAUAGCUUCAACUUCUCCCUUCCAAGAUGAGGCAAGAGGGCUUUACUUAGAUUUUGAACUUGGACUACUUGACAAUGAUUGCUUGAUGACCAAUAUCGGAUCCUCAGCAGGCAAGAAGAAGAGGAGGAGAAGAAGACGUAAAAGGAACAAGAAUGACAAAAGAAGGAGAGAAAGAAGAAAAGAGAGUCAGAAGUCAAAGAAGAUUGAUGAAGAUGAUGAGGAGUUUAUCGUCAAUGAAGCUAGUAAAAACUAUUCUGACUAUCCAGACACUGAAUGAGGUAGCACUGAGCCUCACCAAUCACCUAAGAAAUAUGACACAAGAAUUCUUGAAAAGAAAGUUGAUUAUGCUGAAUUUUCAGAUGCUGAUUUUGAUACAGUCAAUGAAACAUCCCUUCAAAAGAACCGAUCUCUAGGGAAUGAGCUUGAUAAUAUUGAAACAAUCCCAGAAGUACUUUCAAAGAAAAGAGACUGUAAAUACAACAGAAGGCGAAUUAUUUCCGAUGAUGAAGAUGAUGACAAAUGUUCAAGGUCCCAAAAAUUUGAUGCUAGUGAUCAUAUGUCAACAAAUGAAGGAUCAGGAGAUGAUGAAGAUCACAAAAAUGUUCUCCAUGACAAUGACUCUCCUCAGAAAUUUAAUGUGAACACUCAGCCAAGUUCUGAGGAUGAUCAGUGUGAAAAUUCUGAGACGAUUUUAUCUGUAAAAUUGCACAUAGUUAAGAGAUCAAAAUGACGCACUAGAGUGAUUUCAGACACUGAGAGUGAUGAUUCGUUCUAUGAGGUAACCUUGGAUCCUGAUGAUCAGCGAGGUGAAAAAAAUCAGCUCCAUCAGCCUAUAGAGAAAGAAUCAGAUGACUCUAUGAUAGUCAAGACGGUAUCAAAGCAAUGAGCUAAUAGAAGGCGACGGAUUGUCGAAUAA